GACUGACCUCCACAUUCACAUACGGGUUUUCAUUUGGCUGCUUUUUGGAAAAAGGAACCACAUCUAGGAGAGCUUACCAGAGAGCAAAAGCAGCUGUGCAUAACCUGCAGAAGAACAGGUGUUUCGUGUGAAAUUACCAUGUGUCACUUGGCAGGCAGCAGAAACCCGUGUGCCCACAACACACCCCAUUGACAAACGGGGCCCUCCCUCAUGUUUGCUCAACCUCAGGUCUAUAUGGCUCGCCACACUGAGGAAGCGUGGCAUUAGGGCUGCUCAUAGCGUUAACAGAGGUGGCCUCACUAAACAAAGUCUCCCCCGAAAGAGAAGCGCGUGCCCGACUGCUCGGAGCAGCAUCUCGAGGGUGGGGAUGGGGCAGAAGGCCUCCCAGCAGGUGGCUCCGAAGGACAGCCAGGAGGUCCUUGCCAUGAGUGAGGUGGUCAGCGUGGCUGCGGCCCACGCAGCACAGAAGCUGAAGGAAUACCUCGGGUUUGAGUAUCCGCUGAGCAGACUCUGCCUUGCAGCCAGCACGCUGAGUGAGAUCUUCCUUGUCCACUUCAUUGCUUUCUGCCAGGAAAGGGGGGCUGACGAGUGGCUCACCACCACAAAGAUGACUAAGCACCAGGCCUUGCUGUUCGGAGCAGACUGGAUCUGGACCUUCUGGGGACCUGAGAAGCGAAUCCGGCUUCAGGUGGCAGUGCAGACCUUGAGGAUGGCUUCUCUCCCUCUGAGGGAUCCAAAGACCUGUGAGUCAAGGGGAGAGGAGUGUUGGAAAAAAGGCAGAUUUGAGAAGCUGGAAGAGUUCUGUAACUUGGUCGGAGAGGACUGUUUGGGUCUGUUUAUUGUCUUCGGUGUGCCUGGAGAACCUAAAGCCGUUAGAGGCGUUAUCCUGGAGAGUGUCCAAAGCCGGAUGGUGGAGAGCUGUGUGCCAGGACGCAAGGCCGUGGAGCAGUUUGUGCUGGAGACGGAGGACUGUGUUUCCAUCAAAGAGCUGCUGGGAACUUGUCUGAGGAGAAGAGAUGGGUUGAGCGACAUGAGCAAAGUCUACAUUAGCAUCCUCUAAUUAGCAUGCUGCUGGGAUCCACCUGUAGGAGCAGAAGGGAACCCCUACAUCAACUGAAAUGAUCCGGGUCAAAACUUGCUGGUGUCACAGUUGUGGGAAGGGAAACAAAACCCUAGCUGUCUCUUGGACCAAUUUAAUUUAGACUUUGUUUAUUCAAAAAUUAAAAAAUGGGGGAGAAACUGAUAAGUUACACAUAAAAUUUGAUUUGCAAAACAAAAGUUGUCUUUGUUUGAACUAGUCUUAGUUAUGAGCAUAGAAUGUUACUGCUGUUGUGGGGAGCAGCUACGGAGCAGGUGUGAGCACACUUGGGGUGCGGGUUCUGGCUCUGGACUCUGAAACAAUGCUGCCCACGCUGGUCCUCUGAGGCCUGCCUCCCCUCUGUGCUUGCUCCUUCCCAGCAAUUCUGCAUGUGAAGGACCUCAGAGGAUUUAGCUCCACAGAGACUUAAGGGGAUUUCCUCAGUCAGCUGGGAAGAGCCCCUGUGGCCGCCUCUGCAUCCACAGUAAGGUGUGUGCUCGCACACACAGCAGGCAUUUUGGCUUCAGGGUCUUUGGGGGUUUAACAGGGUGAAUUGUAGGUGCUGUUGCAUGCUGCACUCUUCCUGGGCCUGCUGCUUUAAGUCCUGGCAUCAUGAUCUGCAUAUGAGGCUCUAAUAAGUGGGCAUUUGUUUCUUUUGUCUGGUGUAUGUAACUCCCAAGUCAUGACCGGUAACAGAGCCAAGGCUCCGCUUACGGCUCCAAGUUGACGAGCAACACAGGUGAGUUGGAGCCUUAGGCACUGAGAGCACCGUCACAGGGGUGUCCCCCUGCGUGGAAGCUGCUUGUCUGCUUGUCUGCCUCUCCUCACUCCUGCUCAUGCUCUGCGCCGUCCUUCCCGUUCCCUUGUGUGCAGCCCUUGGGAAGCAUGGGCCAUGCUGCUGGGGGGCAGCUGAGGGGCCCACCAGGGACCGAGUCACUUAUGCACCCCCAUUGUGCAUCUCAUUGUGACAGGGCUUCCCAAAGCCGUGGUUGGGCCUGUGUUUAGGAAUCUAGGGCUCUUGCAAACAUCAGGUGGCACCAGGCAGCAUCUGGGUGGCCAUUUAAAGGAACAGUCCAACUGCUGUUACUAUGUCACUGGAACCUGUCUGUUCUGUAUCGUUUGUUUAGAAGGGCUUAUGGAAGGCCACUGAGUUUAUACCAGGACCUCUAGCUGUCACGGUUGUUGAGGAAGGGGAGAGAUCAGACCUGAAGCCUGCCCUCUCCAUUCCUGAGUUGCCUUUCCUCAGGUUGCACGUUUCUUCCUCUAUGAUCCCAGCCCUCCAGCCUAUUCUGGGAACCAGGCAUAGUUACCUAAUGGGUCCCCAAUAGUGCCCUCCUCUAUGACCCGCCUUUCCUCUCCACCACAGUCACUUCCUAGGGUCCCUUGGGAUUUUGUUUUGUCUCACCCCUACCCCACUGUUAGUUUUUGUCUCGUGGAAUGCACCAUUUGAUUUUUUCUAGAACCUGACACUUCUUGUUUUUCCAUUCAAAGGCUAAGGAUGAAGUAGGACAACUGUGGCUCGUUCCUGCACUCUGGAGGCCGAGGCAGGAGACUUCCCACAAAUUCACACCCAGCCUGGGAUAGUCUCAGAAACAAAACAAAGAUGGCAACACAUGUCUUGUGGUGCUGCUACUGAUUAUCUAAAGUCCGGAGUCUGCAGUGUCUCACUACUGCAGGCCCGCCGAGCCCCUCCCUCAGCCUACGCAGGAUGUGCAGAGAACAGAGACAGCUAUGGCUUCAGGAGGCGGAGCCUAGAGCAAGAGCCUGCCCAGUUCUCUGUCCACAUAGCCGAGUGUGCAAAUGCACACACACCUCGCCAGUUUAAGCAACAGCAGCCUCCAAACCUCGUUAAAAGUGCACACACAGAGUCCUGGGGAAAACGGGAAGAAUUCCUGUAAUCCCUGCGGCAGGCAUUUCCUUGCCUCAAGAAAUAGAGUCCACAGCCUUCUCAGCCUUUCUUUUCCAUCCUUGAAACACGUAUUCAGCCAAAGCCUCUCUAUAAACUGUAUCUGAUUAAAAGGUUUGCUUUGAUUUUAGUUCAAAAAGAGCAGAUUUAAAGUCAUGCUAAAUACUGCAGUUGAGCCUUACCUAGUCUCUUUGUUCAGGUUUUUUAAGGUUAAGCCUAGGAUGGUUAACUAUGAAGUUUGCCUAUUUGUCUUAAAAUAUAUAAUUCUAGAACAUGCAUCUCAAAAAUAUGCUAGAACUAGAGAGUAUAGCAUUCUGUUUUUAUAGGACACAGUUUAGAGCAGAUGAUAAAAACAGUAACUCAAAUAUGCUGGCCCUCAAGCUUGUCAGAAAUCUGAAUAUGACAUUUUAACAUGUGUAAGCUUAUUGUGACAAAAAGUCCCAAAAUCCUGGCAGUAGUUCCCCAAGGUCUCCGAGAAGAUUUGGGCACAACAACAGAUGACUGCGACUCUGGAUUGUGGUAUGCUAACCACUGGACAAUACUUCCCAACUGGCCCACUGCUAGGGCCCAGCCUAAACUGUGGACAAAGCCGGGGACAUCUGAAGAGCCAUUGUCUCACAUUGUGAGAGGCAAGGUGAGGUCAAUCUCUUCUGUUCCUCUUUCCACAGAAGCAGUAAAAGCAGUCUCUCACCUUCUGUGCCUGGCUGGACAGCCUCUGUUCAGGAUGCCGUGAGACACAAGAGCCAGGGACACUGCCUAGGUGAUGGACUAACUAGUCAUCUCUGUCAUUUUGAUUGGCACAUAAAUUGGUAUAUUUAUUUAGCUCAUAACUUAUCCUUCUCAGGUCUCUGAUCACCUUGACGGCUAUGCUAAGCUAAUGGUAGCUUUGCAGCUAAAGAGCAGACAAUUAGAUCCACUGUUAGCUCACUAAUCAGUUUAAGAUAUAUCACUAGAUAAAAUAUAAAGAGCUUAUGUAGGGUCUAAGGAUAAAAGGAGUUUAGGUUAUAAAAAUACAAGUUACACACAUUUGAGAGUCUUAAAGAGUGUCUUAAGUUUGAUAAUUCAACUUAUAAAUGUUUGAGGUUCUAAAAAAUGUUUUAAGGUUGGUAAAUGCAAGUUAUAAAGGUUACAAGGUCUAAGGUGAUUUAAAAUAUCUUAAAUAGGCAAAAAGGCUUAAUAUUUCUUUCUGUUGUUAUGCUACUGUUGUAUUGACUGUCCAGAGUCUUGACCUUUAUCAGUAAAACUCUAAUUUAUUAAUCUGACUCUGAUACAAAAACAUUCUACUAUACCAUUAUUCCACUAUUAUGGUUCUAAGCUCAAGAUUGUAAGCCUCCAUAAUGUCUAUGCUUAUACUAAAGGUUAAGAUCAAGUAAAUUUACCUUUUAUUUCAUAAAAGGCUUUUGCUUUUUCAGAGUUCACCUCAAAAAGUACUUAUGCCGUUAACACAUAUGUAUGUCUACUGCCUUUUUCUCAAUGCAGAGUACAAUCAUAAUACUAACAUGUCUAAAGUUUUAUCUCCUUCUUAAAACUUAAAAGUAAUUCUUGUUAGCUGCAGAAAGUCCACCUAAAUCUACCUCUCAGGACAACUAGACUCCAGAUAAGUACUGCACUUAUUGCCUAUCUCAAAAGGUGAGACUCCUCCCUUUUCCCUGGUUUUGGGACUUCCUUUCCUGGCUACCAGACUGCUAUUUACUGCAUAUAACCACUGGCUAGAUUGGUGAGUUCACUCCAUUUUCUCAGCAUACAUGACUCUUGGUAGGGGAAGCUUGACCACAGAGCUCUGGCAACUUCCUACUAUCUUUUGAGACGGGGGACCCCCCCCCAGCCGUAGCCUUAAUUGUCUAGGUUUGACCCUCUAUGCUGACUUUCACUUUAGGGCCACACUCUCCCUUGGGCGGUACACCCCCUCUACGGGUUCCUUCCCCCCCCUCGCCCGUGCACGUGCUCGCUCGCUUGCUCAUGGGAAGGUCCCCCACACAGUUCUUCACCUCAUUUUCCCUUGGGAGCUUUCUACACGCAUUUCUUUUUCUCUACGUGCUCGUGCACCAAGUCCUAGCUAGGCAAAAACGUGUUCUUGGCCCACGGGGCACCUGGCCCUCGAUCCCUGGCCAAUAUCUGACGAGAUAUUGACCAGACCGGAUCGCUCUCUCCAGAGACCCGCCUUCUCCUGGGACGCCAUUAGAAGGCCUUGUCUCUUUCGGCUCCCAAUGGAUAACACCCAUAACCACAUCCCUACAUAGGGACUUCUCUGCCCCCAAUGGGAGACGCCCAGACGCCCGUCCCUCUAGACAGGCUGGAAAAUUUCAGGUUUCUACACCUAGUGCCAGCUGGCACCAGGGCCUCUAAGUUUACACGCUUCUGUAACCAAACGUCACCUCAAUGACAGAUCAAAAACAAAGCCUUCUUUAAUAUUGCCAGUGAUUGGGUAAAUAAAGUCCUGUCCAGGUAGACAGAGGUUCCUAUGUACAAGCUUCAUCGAUCCAAACCUUUCAAUGUAUACCUACAGGAUUUUCUCUAUACUCAACUUUAUCUUUUGCCUAUAUAUGUGUUUCAGUGUCCUGCCAGACACAGAUGUUUCCUACAGCCACAACAGCGCCAAAGCAGCUACAGGUGUUCAACUCCAACCUCACAGACUUCCAACAAGUUGGACCUGCACCUUCCCUCCCAGCCAUGGGUGUUCUCACAGACCUGGAAAAGCAUCAAAGCAGCCUAUUCUUCCUGGACUUGGUUGACACUUCAGCCUUUUGACCUCCCUACAUCGCCCCCAGUGUCAGCAGGAAGUAGCCAGAAGAGAAUCUACGCCCGUUAUUCACUUGUUGUUAACAAAUGGCUGAAGUGGUGUGCUUCAGGACCAGGACAAGCAGCUCCAGGUUCUCCCAAUGUUCCCCAGUCCUUCCCCGAUGCCUUGCAUGGCUGGCAACACUGUUGCCAACCCUCUGCCCUAAAUUUUCCAGGGCAGAGACUUCUCUUAUUCUUAACCUUACAACCUGACCAUUUUGUCACUAUAACUCUUCUCUCUCUCAACCUCUUGCAUGACAACCAAGAGCUGCUUCCAAUGAGCCUAAAUUUAUAUAGUUUAACUUACCUUAUAAAAGGCAGCCCAAGCUCCCUAUUUUUAAUUAUAGAAAAAGGGAGGAAUGUUGGGAUCAGUAAGCAGGCACUUCUAUGGCCAGCUCCAAGGGACCUGAUAGACCGGUUAUCAGGCAUUUGUAAAGACACCCUGACCACCUGGAAUUACCUGCGUAUGCCCUUGAUCACCCUAUAAGAGAACUGGAACCCUCCCCCCUCUCUCUUCUUCUUCUUCCUCUUCUGCUCCCGGAUUCUCUCCCUCUCUCUCUCUUCUUUUCUCUGUCUCUGCUCCCUGCUCCCCCCUUCCCCUAAUAAACCUCCCAUGUGGAACCGA